AUGGUGGAGAGGCAUGGGAACAGGCAAGGGGAUGAGGAGGAGGAGGAGGAGGAGGAGGAGGAGGAGGAGGAGGAGGAGGAGGAGGAGGAGGAGGAGGAGGAGGAGGAGGAGGAGGAGGAGAUGGAGGUGUAUCCAUGGCAGAUGCAGGACGCUUCUGAUGCCGAUGAACAGGCCCAGGGUUGGAAAGAACAGCAGGCACAGCAGCAGGCACGGUCCUGA